AUUGAAACAGUAGAAAAACUACUUAAACUACUUAAACAAAUAUAGUAGGCGACAGUAUGAAGUUUGGCAUAAACUGCUUCUCCAAUAGAAAUCCCACUUCUGAUACCAGUGUACCGAACGGCGGGGAAGGGAAGAGAAAGGCAAACACACCCUGGUGCAUGCCUGGGUUGAGAGGCAAACACCCUCGCGCUAAUAGGGUUAAGUCACUCGGUCGGAAUUGUAACAUGGCUCAUAUACUGGAGGAUCGCUACAAAAUGUUUUAUCUUUGCCGUUAAUAAAUUGACAAAAGACCCAACGACGUUUGUAAAGUGUUUUUUUGGCACGCGUUGAUGAAUAUUUGCAAUCCCACUUGACAGUGGCGAACCCACUGUUUUUUCUCCGGUGAACAGCAGUAAUUUAUUUUGUAGCCUAAAAUAUCAACGUAAUUGAGGCCACUUUAACAGGGUUUAUUAGGCUACACAUGCUCAGGCCAUGUAGUCAGUUUACCCCCACCCCAUUAUAUUACAGUGUAACCAGCCAGCAACAGCAGAGACAGAAACCCCUGAAUCGUGGUAGAUUUGCCUAAAUUGAUGCGAUUCGGUAAAGGAAGGGUGGGAGACGUCUGAGCGGGGAGGAUCCCCCCAAGCGCAUAAUCUGGCAGCAUUUGGAAUUGUACAUUUUUGUGAUCGGAUGAUCGUUGUGCCUACAUUUGAUUUCGUUACAAAUGUAUUUUCUCUCUUCCAUUUGGCUUUAUUUUUCUAUUGGGUUGCAGGCCUAUAUUGUAGUCUAUAGCCUUAUUUGCUUGCGUCCAGUUCCAACCUUACUGCGCAAAACAGAUGCCUUAUUAGGGCAGGGCCUACUUCAGCUAAAUUAACUGAUCUUCCAGGAUUUAUGAAUAUCUAUUUUGCAAUAUUUGCCUUUAUGGCACCUGUUGUUAUUGUUAUGAUAACGGUAGGGGUAUCAUGUGUAAUUCAUCGAAGGAGGCACAGUCGGAUUGAACGCUCGCUUCAAUGAUGGACGCUCUGGUUCGAUCACCGUCAGUCUCAGACACCAUGGCACAGCCCACACCCCUGGAAACCUCCCUGGGAGCCCUCAUCAUGGCAUUCCACAAGCACGCUGGCAGUGGAGAUGCUAAGACCCUCAGCAAGAAAGAGCUAACUAACCUCAUCAAGGAGGAGUUGCCCAACAUAACUGGGAAGGGUGGUCCUGACGUGGGUGAGCUGAUGACAAUGCUAGACCAUGACGGUGAUGGCGCUGUGGACUUCAAGGAGUACAUCACCCUGAUUGAAUCCCUUGCCUGCAUGUGCAACUGCUUCCUGGAAGGGAAAAUGUAUCUUCUAUCUGCUUUCUGCAGUGUAUUGCAUUAGGCCUGCAUGUCACAUUAAUAAUGUCUCAUAUCUCAUUGAGUAAAUUGCAUACACGCCUUCCUCGGUGUCCACGCGCAUGCCCGUAUGCACACAUAGAUGCAAAGAGUUGCAUAACUCUGCAACAAUUAUAAGACUGAUCCUCAAAUACAUGCACCCAGGUGGAUUCUCUUGUCAGAAAUUGGCUCAAUUGGUAGUGCAUGGCGCUUGCUAUGCCAGGGUAGUGGGAUUGAUUCCGGGUACCAUCCGUACGUAAAAUAUAUGCAUGACUAAGUCGCUUUGGAUAAAAGCGUCUGCUAAAUUACAUAUAUUAUUAUAUAUUAGGCUAUUAAGAUCUAAGGAAUGCUGCUACACAGAGCAUGUGAUAUAGUAAACACGAUGUGUAGGCUAUUUAUUUACUGUGUUGUGCAUGUACAGUAAUUCAAUCAGUCUGUUUGGAAUUAUUGAUAUGUUUUGUCUUUAAUGCUAAUAAAUGGGGAAAAGAACCAACCGAAGAUU